ACCAUGAUCAAUCAAUCAAUCAAUCAAUUUAUUAGUCUAGAACAUUUGAGCACUUCAAAGUGUUUUACAUCAAAUGAUGUCACAAAACCUUCAUUACAAUCAUCAAUACAUGAUCAAUAUGUUGGUCAAUUCCUCAUUUAUCAAUCAAACUCCAACCAGAUCUGUGGAGCAUAGAAGCUGAAUGCUGCUCCUCCAUGUUUGGUUCUGGUUCUGGUCCUGGUGCAGAACCAGAACCUUGUUCUGCUCCGCAUUCCUCAGAUGUGGUCAGUGUCUCCAUGAAGGAGCGUCCUGAAGCGGGUCGGGUCGAACAGAACCUCUUUCAGCUGCUCUGUUUGUUCUGCAGGCUGUUUACCUAACACACACACACACUCACACACACACUGCUGCUUCUCUCUGAUGCUGAUCUAACAGAACCUUGGCCUCGCAUGGCUGGGUCCGAUUCAGCAGAACCAGACAGGAAGCAGCUGAAGAACCAGAACUGGCUGCAGGAACCAAAAUAAUGAAUAUCAGAACCAGAACUCUCGGAUCCAAAUGAAUUCCGUUCCUCUUCAGGUUCCUCUCAGGUCUGAAACUGAUGUGAUUCAGGCUGUGAAGAUUUCCUGGGGGUGGAGGGUCAAGGGGUGACCUUUGACCCCUUAACCCUCCAGGUGAGCCUCUUCUCCAGCGGCUCACCUGGCCCGAGGGCGCCCCCUGCUGUUAAGUCUGUCCGAAACGACCGAGCCCAGCAACAGACUGGGAAACAUGGAGGAUCAAACUGGGAGUGGUGGUGUAAACAGCAGGGUGGAGACGCGGUGACUCAAGCAGCAGCUAUGAGGCAGUUUUUUGGGAACCGGAAGUCUCUUCCUGCUGCUCGCGACUUUCACAAUAAAAGCAUGCGCGCAGCAGAAAACCUUCUGGGUCGGAACCUCUUGGACUUUUGGUUUGGGGUCGUUCUGAUUUUUCUGUUCAUCCUUGGGUUCACUUCUUCAUGCAGAACCUUGGUUCUGGAUCCGGUUCGGACCCGAGGCUUUGUGACCUUUCUCCAAGCCAAGGACGAAAUAACUUUUAUUUUGGAGGGUCCCGCCCUUCUGGCAUCACUCACCUGGAACCGGGCCGGGCCGAACCCAACCGAACCGAACGGGGCCGGGCCGGGCUUCGGAACCAAUAGCCAGGCCGUCCGGUACCUGGAUCAGGACUACGAGGUUCUGAAGCGGCGCUUGUUCCAGGAUGACUCCUUCCCUGCGCUGGGCUCUCUGGGCUUCAACGAACUGGGCCCACGGUUGAAUCGGACCUGCUGGAAUGAGAGGAGCUCCAGACCACCCGGACCCAGUCCUGGACCUGGGAACUGGCCCUGGACUCGGCCCUGGACUCGGACCCGGACUCGGCCCUGGACCUGGACUCGGACCCUGCCCCGGACUCGGACCCGGCCCUGGACCAGGAACUGGCCCUGGACUCGGCCCUGGACUCGGACCCGGCCCUGGACUCGGACCCAGCCCUGGACUCGGACCCGGCCCUGGACCUGGACUCGGACCUGGACUUGGACCCGGAACCGGCCCCGGACUCGGCCCUGGACCUGGACUCGGACCCUGCCCCGGACUCGGCCCCUGCUCCGGACUCGGACCCGGCCCUGGACCCGGAACCGGCCCCGUCUUCCUCUCUGCAGCAGGAGCCUUCGUCUUCAUCCUGCUCCUCAUCCUCCUUUUGUGAUCCGGUUGGAGGAAGAGGACGACGAUCCGGACGACGGCGAGGUCUGGAUCAGACCCGUGGUGGUUCUGAUCCAGAAGAACCGCGGACGCAUGAAGAAGAUGGGAGAAGACAUGCACACCAUCGGCUUUGCCAUCUAG